AUCGGCUUUCAGGUACGGAUCGGGUAGCGGCUGUAACGCAAACAGGGGAGAAAGAGGAGUAGAGGACGAUGACGACGCUGCAGUGUAGAUGCAUGGCAGAAAAGAAGUUGUUUCGGCGGGAACUUGAUUCUUGGCGUUAUACAUUGAUUCACUGCGUCGGGUUUGAAAGCAUUCUAGAGGGAAUUUAUGGCCCGCUGCCGAGAGACCUCAAUUUAUUUCAUGACUGUGAACCGGAAGAGGUAGAUGACUGGUCACCAGAAUCAAACUGCUCUCAGUGCUCUUUCUGCAACGUGCUACUGGACAAAUCUAGUGAUCAAGCACCUGCAGCCACGUCGCCCCUCUCCUCCCCCUCUGAUUACUCACCUUGUCAGGCCCCAGCCAUCUCUGAGAGCACCCAAUCAGCACACAAGUUCCUCCAAGCUGUGUUCCACAAGAAAGAUGUGCACCUGAGCAGUGAUUCCAACAUACCUCAGAUUGCUCAGGAGCUGAUGAAGAAGAUGAUAACCACAUUUGCUAAGGAGUAUGCAUCCAAGUGCCUACUCCACACCAAUACAAAUGGUGUCACAAGGACCUCAUCACCCUUGUCCGACGCGUCUGAAGCAUCCGACGCCCCUCUGGACCUCACAGUGAACCGAACUCAGGAGGAGAGCGCGAUCGAAGAUGGUGUGCUGGACCUCUCCAACCGGAACUCUGCCUGCUCAGCAACUUCGUCAUCAUCAGAGAAUCACAGGGGAUCAGGCGCCCUGGUGCCAUCUUUCGAAGAAGACCUGGCAGGUCAGCAACAGCGAGGGACUAAGUUAGGUCAAUGUUCCACAUUUGGUGAUGUUCUGAGUUCUCUCUGCCCAGCUCACCGAUCCUUAAUCUAUCAAAUCCUCAAGUAUGCUUGCCAUGAAAAAGAGACGCUCAGGAACGAAAGGGACACUGUUUUAUGUUCCAAGAAGCUGCAUUGCACUUCGUGCCAGAGUCUUGUUGCAGCCUCUCCUGCAUGGGGCCAUUCGCCUUGCACACCCUCCUCUAAUUUAUGCUCGUCCUCUUCCAUAUGUUGUGAGAAACACAGCUUCCACUCUUGCCCCAGUUGUUCCAACCACAACUGUUAUAUCCAAAUCAAGAAAACAACAGAAGGAGAGGUAGGCGAUGGAGACCCUCCUUGUCCUGUCCUGAAGAGAGAGCAGAGUCCCUCUCCUCCCCCUCUUUCCCCAAUCCCGUCAGAUGUCGGUAAGAAAUGUGAUGAAAACCCACCCUCUCUGCUUCACCAAGAGGAGGAUGUUGAUCUCAUGGUACAGAGUUUUGUAACUGCAAGCUACGAAGCCUCAGAUGUCAAUACAACUACAGAAGAUGCUGAAAGUAAGAAUGCUGAAAGAAGUCAGGCUGAUAAGAAUCCAAGUGGGACUUCACUGCAGGAUGUUAUGGAUCGUUUUAGUGAGAAACUGGAGACAAUAACACCUCUAGACAAGGACCCUACUCUGGUUUCCACGGCUAUCUAUGUUUCUGAAAAGGAGCAGCCGUUAUCUCCCUCAACCAGCCACAACCUGCCUUUUCGUGCUGAAGCCCAUGUCACUGAGAUCAUCACCACAGUGCUUCGCACAAGCAGUCCCAGUGAUUACAGCUUGAGUGAGCUGUUUAGUCGCCAAGACAAAGAAUCCAAGUCACCCGUUACUAGAUCUCGUCAUCGCCAGAACGUUGAAAAACCUAAAUGCACCCCUGAGCUAUGGAACAACAAUGACCAACAAAGUUCAAUGGACAACAGUGUACAAAAACAGGUGAAUACAGUGGCUACAAGCUCAGCUAAACAGUGUGUUGGGUCCUGCAAAGAAGGUGGUGAGGGUUGCAGUUCUACAAAUGACAAAAGCCACAAGGGAUCCCCAUCAAGUGAAACCACUGAGGUUGAAAGAUCAGGUAAAGGGAAAGCUUGUCGUAUUAAAGGGAGAGUGUGUCAUCUGCAUAACAUUUCUGAGGGUGCAAGAAGAUCAAGGAGAAAUAUAGUCCCUCCACCGCGGUUCUCCUCCUAUGUCACAGAGCCCAGACGUAUGUUCUUUGUUGCGUGUUUCUCUGAACCUAUCUUCAAUCAGAAAGCACAAAAGGACAAGGCUUCAUCUAGCACCAAUCAUAUGUCAUCCAAAGAUCCAGAUGCUGAGGAUACCAACGUAGAAUCCAGAAAUGACGUUUUAUUGUCUUCAUGUGCAAACACAGGGAAGCUUGCCUUUCAGUCACCAGAAAAAGGACAUGAACUAUCUCACAUGGAAGUGAAAGGUCAAAGCCAGGUCACUCCACAGAUUGUGACUGCCAAAGACCAAAGUCCUAAAAAACAUCGCUCAGGCAAAGAGAACAAUGGUAGUGACAGUGUUGUCCCUCUGUUAGGAAGGUUACGAUCAGCAUCAUCAAAAAGAGUACAGGACUCAUCAAAUGUGGAUGUCCCUAUAAAUUCUGAUACCUGUGUUGAGAGUCUUAAAAAUUCCCAAGUCCAGUACACUAGUCCAAUUAAACUUAUGUUUGUAUCACCAGUAAAGGAUAAAGAGGGAGUUAAAUACAGUCUCAAAUCAGCAGGCUCUGGUUCUGGCUCACAAACAGAACAUUUUGAUCCCUGUGAAGAGUCUUCAUGGUCAGGGACACUUCAGAAGCACACAAGCCAGAGCAAAAGGCCUGCAAUAUCACAAGUAAAAUCAGUUGUCUCACCACUAAAAUCUUCUGCCUCACGCACAAGGUCUUCUUGUUCCCCAACCAAGUCAUCGUCUUCACCAGCCAAAUCUGGUUCCUCAACACGCAAGUCUGCUUCUUCACCUGCCAAAUCUGGUUCCUCAACACCCAAGUCUCCUUCAUCACCAGACAAGUCUGUUUCCUCAAGACGCAGGUCUGGUUCUUCAACACCCAAGUGUGCUUUGUCACCUGCCAAAUCCGGUUCCUCAACACCCAAGUCUCUUUAUUCACCAUACAAGUCUGAUUCUUCAGUAUCGAAGUCUCCUUCCUCACCAAGCAAAUCUGCUUCCUUAACACGCAGGUCUGCUAAUUCACCACCCAAGUCGGGUUCCUCAACACCCAAGUGUGCUUUGUCACCCGCCAAAUCCGGUUCCUCAACACCCAAGUACGGUUCUUCACCACGCAAGUCUGCUUCUUUGCCCAGGUCACCUUCCUUAUCACCUAAAGAUGCUUCCAGAGGAUCAGGUGAAGGUACUCCAACUAAGCGUGUAGCUGGAGCUGACAGCCAGGGAUUAUCAGGUAACUCGACUUCUUUUCAUGAAACCACUCCACCAAAAAGGCGUCCUGGGCGUCCGAAGAAACUGGGACCACAGCUGGAGCAAAAAGCAAAAAGGCCAAUUGGCCGACCCCGUAAGCAGAAGACUUUGGAUUCCGAAACGGGGGUAAAAACGGUAAAUGGUAAAUGUCAGUUGGCACCUAAUAUUGAGGAGAAUACAACUAAAAACCUCAAGAUAACAGUCGUGUAUGGCCGUUCGAGGAGAAACAAACGAUUGGUGUCGGAGAGCUUUGACCAGCUGCAGACAGAAUUUAAUGACCCUUGGCGAGCCGUAAGUCUAUUGCACAACUCUAAGACCAGCUCAGGUAGUAUUAAAACAGCCUCAGAGGAGUUGGAUUUUGUCAGACCAGCGAAAAGGCCUGCUCCUCAAUCUGGCAGUAACAUCAAAUGUCAAAAGCACGAUGAUUCUGUUCGCUCAAGGAAACCAGGUAGACCUGCAAAAGUUAAAAUCUCUGGAAUCUCAGUCACAGUGACCACAGUGUCACCUCGUCAACGUAAAAUUCAAAUCAAUAAAGAGAAUAGGCAGUCUCCUGAAAUGCUGGCUCCUAGGAAAGUACUUCUACAAGACUUCAUAUCUGCCAAAGAGCCCAGGACAAUCAGUCAUCAGUUAAUGAGCAAAAGGGGUCAAAAAGAAGAAGGGAAAGAAACAGAGGAUGGUAGUAAAGAUGAACUGCCCAAUCAGCCUGUAGUACGACACUCCAAGAGAGUGAGAAAGCCAUCAAUCCACUUUUUGCAUGCUGUUGCCACCUCUACAUCAUACAGCCGCAGCAAUGCGCUGGUACGACGCUCUAAACAACUUCUUUUAAACAAGGCAAACAGUGAAAGGAGACAGGAUGAGCAGCAAAGUAGUUUCGAAACUUCAGGUGAGAAGAGAAAGUCAUGUGGACCACAGAAGAAGGGCGUUUCUCUAGAUGUAAGCAGAUUGGCAGGGGUAUCUGUUGAUUCGGUCUUUACGUCUAAAGAGACGUUAAGGUGGUGGGCAGCAUCAGCUGAGGAAAAGACGAUGAACCAGGAGUUCGCCAGACGAAUACAAGUCAUCUCUGACACUUGGGUCUCAGACGCUGUGGACAACCAAGAAAAAGAAUUGGCCCUCGAUUCUGAACUAGGCACUAAAGACAGCAGUUUAUUCGCCAGGAAUUCGAAGCAUUCCUCUGUGGUCCGAACACUGUUUGACUGUUCGCCCAACAAACCUAGGUCCUGUAGCAUGCAGCAGAUCUGCUCCUGGUUUAUGGAGACCACUGAGACACAAUCUUUGGCCAUUGUCAAGAAGGCAAGCUCCCGUAAUCGUUACGAACUUAUGCACUUCCCUCGUUCUGCUAAUGCAAAAAGUGUUUGCCACAGUCCUCAGGCAGAGCGACUCCGCAAACACAUCAAGAAGUUUGCCAAAAUGGUGCCAAAAAGCCCUUUACAGCAUCAGAAGGCUCAGAGACGGCUGAGAAAGAGAAACAAAGCAGCUCUGUCAACACACAGACGACAACUUUUUACUUUAAGCACUGCAAGCAAGCGCACUCGCCAAGUCCAGUCGUUGAAAGGCAAAGCAUUUAGCAUAUAUCAAGCCACUCUGGUUAGAGCCAGGACACGUUUUCUAACCCGGAAAGAAAGGGAUAGGUGGCAAAAUGGGGCUAGGGACAGGAGAAACAUAAAAGCAGUAUCACGUUGUACAAAUGAACAUAUAGUAACUAGACUACAAUCUAAACGUAAAGCAUUAUGCACAUCCGCAAACGAUCGGCACUCUGUUCGUUUGGAAAACAGUUCUGCCGCCUUUUCGGUUAGCCAAACUCGGGAACUCGUGGAUAUACACAAAGAGGAGAACCUCUGCUCCAAAGCCUGGGGUCCUGAAACGCUGAAAGAAUGCCGGGUGUUUAUAAGGAAGAUCAACUCUCCAGAUAGCGAAUCGGCUGAGGAAGAGUCGGACUCUUGUACUGUGACACUGGAAGGGUCACCUUCUGCAUGCCUCUUUGCAGAACAGAACAGGCAACUGGUUAAAGCUGUGAAAACUGAAAGAAAAAGGAGCAUUAAUAGGAGGACUACCUCGAGAGAGUUGGCAGAUUCUGCACCAAAAUCAGUCCAGGAGCAGGAAGUAAAGCCAGCAGGGAGGCAGAAAAGAAAAUUUAAAAGUCCCGGGGUUGUGUCUACUGAACCACCACAAACACCACCAGCGAAAAUCUUGAGACAAUCGCGAAUGAAGGGCCUGACCGGGCCGAGAUGGUGUGACUUUGUCCUUGAAAGCUAACUGAAGCAUGAGGCCUCCUCUUCCUGGGAAAGGGACUGUGGUUUAACGUGGUGCCUUUGGACUUUGUGCUGACCACGUAGACUGGCCAUCUCAGUAUGGUUCAGUCUUACAAUCAGCAGCUAUGUAGCAGUCUAACUUAAAAGCUUGAUGUUGCACUAUUUUUAUCCAUGGAUAUGUAUGUACAUUUUGUCAUCUUGCCUCUCUUUCUGAAGGUGUAUAGUAGAUCAAUAUAAUAGUUACAUCAGAGUUUUAAUGGAAAGAGUGCUUAUACCGUGAACCCUGUCAGAGUGGUCAUAGAGGAAUGAAAGCUCGACUGCCAUCUCCCUAAAAAUGUACCUUUACUGAUACUAAGACCAACACUUCUUCUCGGAAAUGAGCCCUUACUGUAUAUCUUAACCUGACAUUUAUCAUAAUUUUUACUACUUUAAGCCGCAAUGCCAGCUCUAAAACCCCCACUUAUUUUAUUUAUAGUGACUCUUACUUUGGCACUGUUUUGAAUGUUUAAUUUGUAAUUUAAUAUUUGCUUUUGUAUUUUAGGUUUGCUUAAAGUAUGUUGGAAUUUGAUUUGAAACUUUCUCUUAAUCCGAGCCUUUUGUUUUCUCUACUGCUGUCGCAAACAAGUAGCCAAAACAGGCUUUUAAUGAAGGAAUCUUUCAGUUCACUUAACACCCAAUCUUAACUCCAGUAGCUAUCUGUAAAAAGGCCACAGCUGUAAGAGUGUGUCUUGAAAUACACUAAUUGGCCUGUACUAAAACCAAAUAUUUGAUGUCAUGAGUUCUUUUUCAAGAGCAUUUUCAGUUGUCAAUUCCCCACAAAACGCAGAGGUGUCUGUGAAGUGACAAGCAAAUGGCAUUAUGCAGUUGUAGAACAUAGCUUCUGAUUAAUUUCAUGGUUUGUGGGAUCUGUCUUGUUUUUAUUCAGUUAUCUUUCUAAGAACGUAUUGUUUUCACCCAAAGCAUAUACUGUAUGUUGCUGUCAGAUCGACUUUUUGCACUAUUCAGCCCCUUUCAGACGUGAUGUAUGCACUGCUGGCUUUUCAGGCCAUUAAAGUGCUGGCAUCCUGUCAGUCAGACGUAGGGUGCUUUUACAUUAAUGUUUCUCUUAUUUAAUCUAAUUUUUUUUUUUUUUUUUUUUUUUUUCCCGAGCUUGUUGUUCACAAAUAUUUAGCCAAUGACUCCAUUGUGGAUUAUCCUCCCAACUUUGAAUGACUAGAAUUUUUACAUUUUAUUCAGUAUGAUGUGAAACUGACGACUGAGUCCAUAAAACCAUCUGAAAAACUGAGCCGUGAAGAGGGUGUGGGCGUUUGUCUCAUAGAUUUAGGCAUGAUCCUAGAGACAGGUUGGCGACCACCUGGCAACCACCGGUUACUGGGGAAAAAUGAGUUUUCCCUUCGGUUGUUUGACUAUUAAUUUCUGCUGUUGUCACUAUGAACAGGGUAUUUUUCCUAAGCGUGUACGUUGCACGUAUAAGCAGCUGCAGACACCACUGACGAGUAGCCUUUCCUGUUACUUUCUGCACAUGUUGUUGGUAAACUGUAGCAUCUCAGCAGGCGAGUCUGUGCCAUCACUGCAAAUUGGCAGGCAUGCAGAUGUCUUGCACACCAUCUGCUGAUGCAAUUUACAUCACUCAGACUUGCCGACGUGGGAAGUGGAACGCACCCAUUACUGCAUAUAUCCUGCUGAGAGAACUGUACCCUGCCUCUCCUGCACAGGCUCAGAGAGAUGUUUGCUCUGCACUAGGAAUGUCAAAAAUGCGUCAGAGAGGAGUGUUUUGUGUUCGAAACAGUUGGUGAGAUAAAAUUUCAUUGAGUACCUGGUAUUUCUGUUCAGGUCUUUCACUUGAGAGCUCAGCAACUCACAGGUCCACACGAUACGGUCACUGUCCUAAUCUCGCGAGUUGCAAUGCGACACAUGCAGUGUAGAAGUGAAUACACUAAUGUUGCAAGUUCAACAUUAGUAAAAGUUUUGUCGUCGUGGCUUUCACAGAAGAGUGACCGGGGUCUUCGCACAUGAAACCUACGUGUUUUCAUGCUGUCAGAUUAAAGGAGAAGAGUGCACGUCUGAAAGGGGCUCUAUAUUUGAGAUUAAUCCCACUACACAGAUUCCUCCUCCCAUAUUUUGCACAUCCCAUCUCCCACUACCACCCCCCACCCCCCCCUACUGUAAAACUAGAAUCUGUUUGGUGCAAUACAAAUCCAGAUGAUUUAUCAGUAUGUAGUAAUUAUUUUAUUGCUGACAGACGAAUGGAUGUACAUGAGUACCAGUGGCCUGGGAUGUUACUUCAGUUGUUUCCAUAGCCAUGUAAUGUGAUCUUAAAGGAUUCUGCUAUACAAACUACGUUUGCCCACCUGCUUUGGUCUCAUCAGAGAAACAGAAAUAUAAGAAAUCUUUCUUUUUUUUUUCUCUUACACGUAAUAGCAUUAUUUACUUUUUAAAUGUUGAGUUGUCGCUGUUUCCUUGGAUUUUCUGUUAUUUUCUUAAGUUGCAGCAAGGGACGCCUACCUCCACAGGAGCUCAGCUAGGACUAGGCCUGAGAGUUGAUGGGGUAACACUAAUCUUGGAUCAUGUCAUUGUUUUUCUGCCAUCUGUUCAGAGACGGGCAGAGGCAAGGUGUCCAGCUGUAGGUCAAAAACUUCACCCUUUAGGGUGUGUUGUGCCCGACUACCGUUGUAUGUAUGUCACUAUGGUUGCCAUUUCAACACGAGGGAGGUGGGCAAGUCUCUGUCAUGUGAUAAAUAACCAUCAGCCCUUUGUUUGUUGAAGAACCUGGUGCUAUACAUCUGUAUAUUUUCUUUAUCAUGUGUUUUUUAUACUGUCCAAUACAGAUGCAACAAACAGGUGUCUGUGACUGAACCAAUAAAGAGUCUUUUGAGAUAA